GCGGGUGUAAUUUUAGAAUUUAGGAUAGUGCAUGUGGUAAGUAGUCUUCAAAGGCGAGCUGAGCCUGGUAGAUCCGCUUCUUGUUAGUCACAGUUAGUGUCCUGACUCUUGCUGUUGAGAUCACAGUCGAUUCUAAUCCUCUUGAGGGUUUGCAAGGAAGCAAUAUUUAUAGUGUUCACUUUCCGACACAGGCGACACUCCUUCCUAUUUGAAUUUCUUUUCUGGCCUUAGGCUAAUCUCUUUCUCUCUCUAUUCCUCUCAUGGCUCUUGGGUGCUCUUUGAGAGGGCUCGCUCUCUAUUCUUUGCUCUUUUCCAUCGUGGGACUCGGUUCUGCUAGAGAUGUAUCUGACAUAUCAUUUGAAAAUGAUGGACCAUCCAGUGGUUAUCAUCCUCAGAAUUUCAAUGCUACGGAGAGUCAGACCCUUCCUGGUGUUAUGAUGCUUCGGUGGGAUCCUCCAUCCAAUAUAACCAGUGUGAUUGGUUAUCAAGUUCUGUAUUGGAGGCCAUCAACCUCCUCCUAUAGCUACAUUAAUGUAACUCUUGAAAAUACAACAGCAGACACUGAUAGACUCCCUGGCUUUACUGAAUACUAUUUCUCAGUGAGGAGCAGGCUUGAAGACAGGUUCAGUCUAGCUGUUCAGCCUGUUAGUCGGUGCACAAUUUCAAGACCUCCAGAUGGUAUUCCAAUGGUAAUAAACCAUACUUCACCGUACAAUGAGGACUAUACUCAGAUAAAGCUGUACUGGAGCGGAAUCAAUGAUAGCUCCUGGAAUGGCAUCAACAAUACUUACAUUGUUGACAUGUUUGACGUAACGACUGAUGUGACUACUAAUAACAGAGGGAGAUACUUCAUCCCUCGAAGUGCUGCUAGAGAUGUUUAUGAUAUCACAGUCACGUCUUUAACUGUUGAACACGAAUACUUAGUUUAUGUUUAUGCAUCUUCUUCAGGUGGUUUAGGAUAUCCCAGUAAUCCUUAUCGUGUUUUUAUCACUUCCCCUACAGUGACUCCAACGGUCCAGCCGACUACUAGAACAUGGCAGUUCUAUGUCAUAAUAAUACCCUCAGUCAUUGGACUGGCAAUAUUCAUAGCUGCCAUCAUCCUCUGCAUUAAACUCUGUCUUGGAAGAAACAAGAGGAAUGUGUCCUACGUUCGAGAUAUCAAUAAGAAUAUUGAAGACGGGACUGUGAUGAACAGUAGGAUGCCCGCUCGUUUCGACUCUGCUAGACUCUCGAAUCAAAACAGGCCCCUCCCACCGAACCCUCACACGCCCACUCCCAGCGCCAUGAGCGUCAAUGCUCGUCUUAUCAAAGACUAUUCUCCUCCUUUUGACCACGCCUUCUCCGAAUACCCGCCUGGAAGCUACCCUCACCAGCAGCAGCACUCCCACCUCCAUCACCAGUUCUCUCACCAUUCACAUCAUCAUCCUAUUGAUUUACAUGUAGGAGACCCCGGUCCGGUUAUGGGGAUGGACACUCGGAUGCGGGCCAACUCAGCCACAAGCCCUCACUACCCGACCCUCUCUCAGCCUCUCUCUGAUAUGAGCUCGGUCACACCUACCUCUGUUUUUGCCGAGAGCAGUAACCCAGGACAGAGUCAAGGUCUCUCACAGGGCCACACUCAUCAUCACGCUCAGCGGUUCCUCUCAAACCGAUCCCCGGUCUCACCUACUAACCCGAAUCCUUACGAAGUACCCAACGAGUCUGAGAGCGGCCAUCAUUCCGUGUCUCCUCCCGGUCACCAUCACACUCUCCCCGGCACACGUCGUCCACUCACCACUAAUCACUCCACCGGACAGUUUUACCCUAUCUCCUCCUCUCACCCUCACCACGGGCCAACCUCCCCUUUCUCUCAGGGUAACAUGGACAUGUUCCAGUUUGAGAGUGCCCCUCCUGUCCCUCCUCACAGAUCAACCACUAACCUUGGGCAGGGGAUAAGGGCCUCUCCUCCGGAUGCAGACUAUUCCGAGAUCCCUGACGACUCGCCGACUGAAAAACCUCCUCCUGCUCCAUAUGACAACCAGGGGUCUCCGAUACAGUCAGAGCAGUAUAAUAGUUAUUCUGAUAUACCUACUGCAGUCAGUCCUUAUAAUAUAGGAGUAAUUGGAGGAGGAGGACAUAAGGAAAAGAUGAGUCCUGGCCACUCUUCACUCUCUGAGAGUAUCUCUUCAUUUUCUACCGACAGUCAGAGCACGUCACCAGCUAGAGGAGCCGUGGGUCCAUCUCACGGUCACAUGAGAGGGACCAAUGUCUCACCGUCUUACAGAGGAAGAGGGAAUAGUCAGACGAACGGCAGCAUACCUAGGUCUGGCUCAAAGUCUCAUCAAAAUGUAGAGCCUCACAGAUCUCCAGAGAGCUCAGCCCCUUACUUAUCACCCACUAGCAUCAAGUCCAGCUCAAAUUCUGAUACCAGAACCACUUCACCUCCAAGCCAGUGAUCACAAACAAUGAGUGUAAAGGAUGAAUUAUUAUUAUUAAUUAUUAUUAUUAUUAUUAUCAUCAUUACUGACCCACUCCACUACUGUAUCUCCUCUCUGUGUUGUGUACUUUAUAGUAACAGUCUCUCACUCUUAGUGUUUUAAUUAACUUUUACUCAAGAAGAUCAUGUUUUAACAUCAUCUUGAUUUUAAGUUAUAUUUUACACACAUGCAUACACACUUCUGCUGCUCUUUAUUAUUUUAUUCUCUUUUUCUCAUUGCUUUUUGUAAUUUUGUUUGCUUGUUCGGUUUAUUUAUGCGUGUGCUUUGAAUGUUUAGUUUCUGUUGUUUUGUUUAUCAUUUCAUUAUGAACCAGGAAAUAUU